GCAAAUGUGUACCAAUAUCAUCAAUUCAAGAGACCUUCCGUAUAUAUAUAUAGAGUCCAAACUAUAAAUUAGAACAGUCUUUAAGUUAUUUCCAUUUAGUCCUCUUAUUCAAUAAUGUCUAACUUCAUACUAAAAAAAGAUUUGACGAACGACGGCGCAGUUCCGACGUCUUCUCAUGGACUUCCGUUAGUGGAUCUCGACUCCAUCUCACACACCAAGCAACGUAUCAAAGACGGACUCGCCACGCGCCGUCCUUGGAAAGUAAUGUUCGAUUUCCACUACAUGGGGGUACCUCAAGGCCUCUCCGAUGCUUUCUCAAGAAUCAAAACGAAUCUUGCUUACUUCCGUAGUAACUACGCAAUCGUCGUCUUGAACGUCAUAUUCUUCAGCCUGAUCUGGCAUCCGACCUCGCUCUUCCUCUUCGCGGGCUUGCUUCUCCUCUGGAUCUUUCUUUAUUUCUUCCGUGACGAGCCUCUCAAGUUGUUCCGAUUUCAGAUCGACGAUCGGGUCGUCCUGAUUGUUCUAUCGGUGAUAACCGUCGCUUGUCUUCUGUUGUUCACCGACGCGACGUUUAAUAUUGUUGCGGCGUUAAUGGCCGGAGCUGUGUUGGUUCUGAUCCAUGCGGUGGUUAGGAGGACGGAGGAUCUUUUCUUGGAUGAAGAGGCCACGACGACAACGACUUAGACUUCAGGGUUUACGUGUCAUAUACCCUUCGUCUUACAUGAUUAAUAUCGAACUUUAUUAUAUUGUUUUGGAUCAUCUUAUUUAAAUUUUUAUUGGUGUGAGUAUUUGGUUUGAAACCCUCUCUCUUGGUUUCGACUUUUGA